AUGUACGUCUUACUAAUUCUGUUAGUUUCUAUAUAUUAUUCACUCGUUGAUGGUUUUGGCCUCCAUGGAUUUACUUUUAAGGGUUUAGAUGAGCCACAAAUAUUGGAUUCUCGUACAAAAGAUGUACGUGAGGAAUGGUUAAUCCAACCAUUGGAUCAUUUUAAUUCACGUGAUAAUAACUUAUGGCAUAUGCGUUACUACAAAAAUGCAGCCUUUUCAACACAAACUGGACCGAUAUUGAUCAUGCUCGGCGGAGAAUGGGAAAUAAAACCUAAUUUUUUAACAAAUGGACUGAUGUACGACAUUGCUGUUACUCAUGGAGCCAUGAUGUAUUAUACUGAACAUCGAUAUUACGGAAAGAGUAAACCCAUACAAAACAUUAGUGAAGAAAAUCUGCAAUAUUUGAACGUCGAUCAAGCUUUGGCUGAUAUAGCUUAUUUCAUUGAAAGGAUGAAGCGAAACCUUGGUAAAGAAAACGCAAAAGUAAUUGUUUUCGGUGGAUCAUAUGCUGGUAAUAUGGCAGUGUGGGCUAGAUUAAAAUAUCCUCAUCUCAUUCAGGGUGCCGUGGCUAGUAGUGCUCCGAUAUAUGCAAAAGCUGAUUUUUAUGAAUAUAACGAAAUUGUGGCAAGGUCACUUCGUAGCUAUGACGAACAAUGUCCGAUCGAUAUUAAAGCUGCGUUUGAUUCCGUAAAGGAAUUAUUGACUGGUAAUGGUGGUGCUGAAAAAUUGAAAACAUAUUUCAAUCUGUGCAAAGUGCCGAAUGUGAAAUCUAAUAACGAUGUUAGUCACCUUAUAAAUAUUUUCAUAGAGAAAUUUGCUGGAAUUGUUCAAUAUAACAAAAAUCAGGAUGGUAACAAGUCGGAUAUCUCUGUUUGUUGUGAUAAUAUGACAGCAACGUAUUUGGGAUCACCACUUCAAAGAUUAGCUCGACUGCUGAGUAAAGACGAUGGUAGUUGUUUAGAUGCGAGUUAUGAACAGUUCAUAUCACGCCAUAGGAAUAUAAGCUGGAGUUCAGACAGUAUAAUAAGGAGGUGGUAUUACCAAACGUGUACGGAGUAUGGUUAUUACUCGACAACUGAUUCCGAAGAUUCGAUUUUUGGAUCUCUUGUCCCAUUAGAUUACUUCCUGAAUAUUUGCGUCAACUUAUAUGGAAAUUAUUACGAUGGUAAUUUUUUGAAAUCAAGAAUAGAACGAACGAAUUUAAUUUACGGUGGUUAUAAACCGGAUAUAACCAAUGUCAUUUUUACAAAUGGCGAUUUGGAUCCUUGGCAUAAACUUUCAGUUUUACUAGACUUGAAUGAAUCUACACCAGCUAUACUUAUAAAAGGUGCAUCUCAUUGUCAAGAUUUAAUGAAUGAUCUUCCUACGGACCUGCCAGAUUUAAGGGAGGCAAGAAAAACUGUACGUAAUAUUAUAGCUAAGUGGAUAACAUCAUGAGUGUUGUGAACAAUUUUUCAUUAUAAUAAAAAAGAAAAAAAGAAAGAAA